AGGACUUCCGAUGGCUGGACAGGGGCUGGCGGCGGGCUUCUUGCAGGUGCCCGCGGUGACGCGAGCCUAUACGACGGCCUGCGUCCUCACCACCGCCGCAGUGCAGCUGGAGCUCCUCAGCCCCUUCCAGCUCUACUUCAACCCGCACCUGGUGUUCCGGAAGUUCCAGGUCUGGAGGCUCAUCACUACCUUCCUCUUCUUCGGGCCCCUGGGAUUCGGCUUCUUUUUCAACAUGCUCUUCGUCUUCCGCUACUGCCGUAUGCUGGAGGAAGGUUCCUUCCGCGGUCGCAAGGCCGACUUCGUUUUCAUGUUUCUCUUCGGUGGUGUUUUCAUGACUCUGCUGGGAAUCCUGGGCAGCCUCUUCUUCCUGGGACAGGCCCUCAUGGCCAUGCUGGUCUAUAUAUGGAGCCGGCGCAGCCCUCAGGUGAGGGUCAACUUCUUCGGCUUACUCAACUUCCAGGCACCAUUCCUGCCUUGGGCUCUCAUGGGCUUCUCGCUGCUGCUGGGCAACUCGGUCCUCACAGACCUGCUAGGGAUUGUUGUGGGCCAUGUCUACUACUUCCUAGAAGAUGUCUUUCCCAACCAGCCUGGAGGCAAGAGACUGCUGCUGACCCCCAACUUUCUGAAGCUACUACUAGAUGACCCCCAAGAGGACCCCAAUUACCUGCCCCUUCCGGAAGAGCAACCAGAGCCUUAGCUGCAGCUCCUGUGCUAGGACAUGGGGCCCAGAGACGGCAGAGACUGCCUAUGGAUGCCUAAGAGUUCUGAACUCACUAAUUACAGACUCACAGUUCUCAUCGUCACGUGCCAGUGCCUUGAUGGAGCACCAGGAACAAGUCCUACACACCCAGACUUCAGUGGCUGGGUCCAGAAUUCCUGCCUGUGGGCUGAUGCCCACCUACCUGGCUUCUCUGUCUUCAUUUAAAGCAAGCGAAUCUUCGCCUUCCUCUCCAGCUGAUGACCCAAAGGUCCCGUGGGCUCAGGUACAAAGGACAAGUUUGGUCCUUAGCCAUCUUAGUGAGCCUACAACCUCAAGGUCUGUUUUAGCAGCAUCCUGUAUACAGCAGUGGUAGCUCUGGGACGGUCCCUUCUGCCUUCCAGAUGAGGCCUGUGUGGGUCUUUCCUACCUGUAUCUCCUCUGAACCAAGGAUGUCCAGUGUGGCCAGUUUUCUUUAUUGCUCUACAUCUGUUCCAUUGGGGCUUAUUCCAGGAUGCCCAACAGCAUGGAAAUUCCCCAAACCACUGCCUGUUGUUUCUAUGGUAACAAAGAUGUUUUCUACUGAG